CCUGUCGCCGUCACCCCUCCGUCGUCCACCCGACCUCGCCGCCAGCCAGCCCAGCAUGGCCGACAUCGCAGAGACUGAUCAGUGGAUCGCCCACCUCUCCGACUGCAAGCAGCUCACCGAGAACGACGUCAAGCGCUUGUGCGACAAGGCGCGGGAAGUACUCGUCGAGGAGAGCAACGUGCAGCCCGUCAGGUGUCCCGUCACCGUGUGCGGCGACAUCCACGGCCAGUUUCACGACCUGUCCGAGCUGUUCCGCAUCGGCGGCAACUCGCCCGACACCAACUACCUGUUCAUGGGCGACUACGUCGACCGCGGCUACUACUCGGUCGAGACGGUCACGCUCCUCGUCGCGCUCAAGGUGCGGUACCGCGACCGCGUCACCAUCCUGCGCGGCAACCACGAGUCGCGCCAGAUCACCCAGGUGUACGGCUUCUACGACGAGUGCCUGCGCAAGUACGGCAACGCCAACGUGUGGAAGUACUUCACCGACCUGUUCGACUUCCUGCCCCUCACGGCCCUCAUCGACGACCAGAUCUUCUGCCUGCACGGCGGCCUGUCGCCUUCGAUCGACACGCUCGACCACAUCCGCUCGAUCGACCGCAUCCAGGAGGUGCCGCACGAGGGCCCCAUGUGCGACCUCUUGUGGUCCGACCCGGACGACCGCUGCGGGUGGGGAAUCUCGCCGCGAGGCGCCGGCUACACGUUCGGGCAGGACAUCUCGGAGGCGUUCAACCACAACAACGGCCUGACGCUCGUCGCGCGCGCGCAUCAGCUCGUCAUGGAGGGCUUCAACUGGUCGCACGACCGAAAUGUCGUCACCAUCUUCUCGGCGCCCAACUACUGCUACCGCUGCGGCAACCAGGCGGCCAUCAUGGAGAUCGACGAGAACAUGAAGUACACCUUCCUCCAAUUCGACCCGGCGCCAAGGGCAGGAGAGCCGCUCGUCUCGAGGAGGGUGCCCGACUACUUCUUGUAAACGGCUCCUAGACGCCUCCCUUCUUCUUCUCGGUCCUUCUUUUUCACGUUGUCCCACCCCCUUUUCGCCGCUCGCCGCAUCCCGCCGUCGUCGUCGUCGUCGUUCGCCCGAUCGUCGGUGGAACCGCCCAUUCUCAUUUUCGUGUAUAAACCCCCCUCCGCGUCCUUUGAAGACCCCCCCUCUCGGCUCGUCGCAGUCGCCCUUCCUACUCUCUUUCGCUCUUGCACGGUCGCUCGAGCGGUGCAGACCAUCGUUUCGGCGCCGACCUCUUCCCCUUCCCUCCCUCCCUCCCUCACCUCGACACCCUCAUUCCCUCCCGACCGACCGACCCUUGACUCAACCGACUGACUCAGUGCACCCGAAAUGAGAUCCACUGCGGUCACU